AGGAUGAAACUACGCACGUUGCCGCAAAUCAUGACUGAAAGGUAACGAAUACAGAAUAACAGAACACGCUUACCGCUAAUAUGGACGAGUGAACCUUCACAACAAACCUGUGCAAAAGCAGUGCUUUGCACCAAGAACAAUUACAUUAUCAACAUGGCGUCUUUUCACCAUUUCCUAUUCCUGGCAAUUGCCAUAUAUCAAUUUGAAAGUCGGACAGAAAUAAAGCAAGAUGGAAUUCAUGGACCAAAUGAAUUUGUUCGAGGACCCAUUGGGUCUGACAACAGACUUGUUUGUGGAUGAUCUGGGUACGGAGGGUAGCAUUCUUGAUUUUGGCCUAGAUGGGGGUCUGAAAUAUCAGUCAGCUACCCAGGAGUCUCUAGAGGACUUGCUUCUUACAGAUACUCCAGCAGACUCUCUUGGAGAAGAAUGGAUGGAAACUGUGGAUUUCCAAAACCUCCUGAACACUGACAGGGGCUGUGAAAAUGCUCCAGUCGCAAUUAAAGUUGAAAAAUCAGAGCCUCGCCCUGAAGGGAUGAAACAGGCUGCCUUUGAUAUAUUGAAGGCCCUGUUAACUGGCCAACAGCCAGCAAAGACGGAGAUAUCUCUAGAUUUGCUCAAGCCAGUUGAGAAAGAUCUUCAUGUGGAAGCAGUAGCUGCAAUCUCCCCAGUUGCUGAGGUUCCUGAUAUAGACUUUCCCACCUAUGAUAGUAUCAACAUGUUGCUUGGAGGUGUUGACAAUCAAGUCAUCCAUUCUUUUGAAGAUUUAAUUCAACCUGAGGUUUCUUUAGACAAUGGUGAUGUUAUUGAAUUACAACCAUUACAGUCUGGUCAAAAUUUUUCACUUGACUCUUCUGUUGAGGCUCCAGUGUUACUUUUACAGGACAACUUUAAGACAGAGAGUCUGAGUGUAAGUUCUUUCUGUGAUGCAGAUGUUGAAUCAAUUUUAUCUUCAGGACCUACCUCCCCAUCUGAUACUUGUCAAGACAUGAGCACAAUUGAUACCAGCUAUUUCAGUGACAGUAGCAGCCAGUCAAGUUCUGCUAAAAGUAUACAAGUGUCAAGUGAGGAUUUCACAAAACUUAAAUCAAAAAGUAAGAAAAACAAGUCUAAAAGUUCUCCGUAUGAUUCACAUAAAGUUUCAGAUAAAAGACUAAGGAAGAAAGUGCAAAACAAGAAUGCGGCCACCCGGUAUCGAGAAAAGAAAAGGCAGGAAAAGGAAACGUUGCAGGAACAGGAAGUUCGUCUCUCGGACACUAACAAAGCUCUACGUGAAAAGGUUGAAUCAAUUCAAAGAGAAAUUCAAUACAUGAAAGAACUAAUGAAUGAAAUAAAUAAAGCUAAACAAUCUAAAAUAUAAGUUGAAAAAGUGUUUGUAGAGAUCUACUUUAUGUUUCUGUAACAUUGCUUUUUUCAUUCAUACAUUGUACAUUCAUUCAUCUCAUUGUAAUUUAUGUCAAAUCAUUUUAGUUUGAUUAAAAUGCAAAAAGGUAA